CUUCCUUUCUUACACAAUUCUUUAUUACUUUUUUACUCACAAAAUUUUCUUCUUCUUCUUCGUCUUCUUCUUCAUUAAGUUUUCUCAUUCUUCAUUCCAAUUCACCAAAUCCAUCUUCCCUUGCUUGCUAAUUGCUAUUUCACACAACCCCGUUUCAUUUCCCCUAAAUCCCUUCUUUUUUCCCUUCCCAAAACCCUAUACCCUAAAUCCCUCUCUGUGAAUGAGUUUGCCUCCUUUUUAAUGGCUCACACUCUUCACAAACCUCUUUCCUUCACCCUUCUUUUCAUCUUAUACUUUACUUUCGCUUUUGCUUUUUCUUCCCACUCUCACCGUGAUUUCUCCAUACUCGAUUCCGAUUUCGACUCUUUCUACAGCGAUUACUCUCCUCCGUCGCCUCCUCCGCCUCCGCCGCUGCCUCACCCUCCAUCUCUUUCCUGCCAAGAGGGUCUCAACGGAACUGGGUCUCUGAACACCACCUGCAAUCUCAAUUCCAGCUUGGUGUUCCACAGCGACGUGUGCAUAGAAGGGAACGGAAGUCUUCACAUACUUCCUGGUGUGAAUUUGAGUUGCCCCGUUUUGGGAUGCGUGAUUUUGAUUAACAUGAGUAGGGAAUUUAGUUUGCAAGAUGGUGCCGUGAUUAUUGCUGGCACGGUUGUGGUGGCGUCUCAAAAUGCAAGCUUGCUUGGUGGGUCAGUGAUAAACGUGACCGGUUUAGCCGGUGCACCACCGGCUCAGACCAGUGGCACGCCGUCAGGGACUCAGGGUGCGGGUGGAGGGCACGGUGGGAGAGGUGCCACUUGUGUCUCGGAUAAUACCAAGCUUCCCGAUGAUGUUUGGGGUGGGGAUGCGUACUCGUGGUCCAGUCUGCAUGAGCCCUGGAGUUAUGGGAGUAAGGGAGGGACCACUAGUAAAGAAGAUAAAUAUGGUGGAGAAGGAGGUGGGAUAAUAAGGCUUGUAUUAAAUGAUUCCAUAGAAGUCUCUGGGGAUCUUUUGGCAAAUGGAGGUGAUGGUGGGAUCAAGGGUGGAGGAGGUUCUGGUGGUAGUAUUUAUGUUGAAGCUCAUAGAAUGACUGGAACUGGCACGAUCAGUGCUACUGGAGGUGUUGGGUUUGCUGGUGGGGGAGGUGGAAGGAUUUCAAUUAAUGUCUUCAGCAGACAUGACAAUACAAAAUUCUUCAUUCAUGGUGGAAUGAGCCUUGGAUGUUCUGACAAUGCUGGUGCUGCAGGGACAUAUUAUGAUGCUGUUCCCCGUAGUCUUACCAUUUGCAAUCAUAACUUGUCUACUCAAACUGAUACACUUCUGUUAGAGUUUCCUAAGGCAAUUCUUUGGACAAAUGUUUAUAUCCAGAAUCAGGCCAAGGCAUUGUUUCCUUUAUACUGGAGCCGUGUUCAGGUUAGUGGACUAAUUCGUUUGACUUUUGGUGCUGUUUUAAGCUUUGGGCUUGCUCAUUAUGGUUCAUCAGAGUUUGAGUUGAUGGCAGAAGAGCUUCUGAUGAGUGACUCUGUGAUCAAGAUAUAUGGAGCUCUUCGAAUGUCUGUCAAGAUUUACCUGAUGUUGUAUUCCAAGAUGCUUAUAGACGGUAAUGGUGAUUCAAUUGUUGCAACGUCCAUACUUGAAGCUAGCAACUUAGUAGUUCUCAAGGAUUCAUCUGUUAUUCAAUCUAAUGCAAAUUUGGGAGUUCAUGGACAAGGUUUUUUGAACUUGUCAGGACCUGGAAAUUUGAUUGAAGCGCAACAUCUUAUUUUGUCAUUAUUUUAUAGUAUCAAUAUUGGGCCUGGGUCUGUUCUAAGAGGUCCUUUGGAGGUUGCUGGUGAUAGCAUGGCACCUCAACUCUACUGUGAAGUUGAAAAUUGCCCUGUGGAAUUGCUUCAUCCACCUGAAGAUUGUAAUGUGAAUUCUUCAUUGGCUUUCACUAUUCAGAUAUGUCGGGUUGAAGAGGUUAUUGUGGAAGGCACUGUGACUGGUUCUGUUGUGCACUUUCACUGGGUUAGAAACGUAGAUGUCCAAUAUUCUGGAGUAAUCAGUGUAUCUGGGCUGGGCUGUACUGGUGGGUUGGGUAGAGGAAGGUAUUUUGAAAAUGGUAUUGGCGGUGGAGGCGGUCAUGGAGGGUAUGGUGGGGAUGGAUAUUACAAUGGCAAUUUCAUUGAUGGUGGUACCCCGUAUGGGGAUGUUGAUUUGCCAUGUGAACUUGGUAGCGGCAGUGGAAAUAGUAGCCUAGCUGGUGCAACCGCAGGUGGUGGCAUUAUUGUGAUGGGUUCGUUGGAGCACUCAUUGUCAAGUUUGACUUUGAAUGGUUCACUUAGAGCCGAUGGAGAAUCCUUUGGAGAAGACAGUAGAGGACAAGAUGGUAGGAUUACUUCAAGCAUUGGUCCUGGUGGUGGCUCUGGUGGAACUGUUCUUUUGUUUGUUCAGACAUUGGUACUUGGUGACUCUUCUAUAAUCUCAUCUGCUGGAGGACAAGGUAGUGCUAACGGUGGCGGGGGUGGAGGUGGUGGAAGGAUUCACUUUCAUUGGUCUAAUAUUCCAGUUGGAGAUGAAUAUAUCCCUUUAGCAAGUGUUAAUGGAAGCAUUAUUACUGGAGGAGGAUUUGGUGGAGGUCAGGGUCUUCCUGGAAAAAAUGGAUCUAUCAGUGGAGCUGCUUGUCCCAGAGGACUUUAUGGUAUCUUUUGUGAGGAAUGCCCUGUUGGUACUUAUAAAAAUGUCAGUGGGUCUGAUAGAGCCCUUUGUCACGAUUGCCCACCUCAUGUGCUUCCACAUCGUGCGAUAUAUAUUUCUGUUCGAGGUGGUGUGGCAGAGACUCCUUGUCCAUACAUGUGCAUAUCUGAUAGAUACCACAUGCCAAACUGUUAUACAGCUUUUGAAGAGUUGGUAUACACUUUUGGUGGGCCAUGGCUUUUUGGUCUUCUUCUCUUAGGUCUCCUUAUCCUGCUUGCUCUAGUUCUCAGUGUUGCACGAAUGAAAUAUUUUGCUGGGGACGAUUUGCCAGCCCUUGUGCCUACUCAAAAUAAUACUCGAUUGAACCACUCUUUCCCUUUUCUGGAAUCACUGAAUGAGAUUAUUGAAACAAAUAGAAGUGAGGAAUCUCCGAGUCAUGUGCACAGGUUGUAUUUCCAAGGCCCAAAUACAUUCAGUGAACCUUGGCAUCUACCUCAUUGUCCUCCAGAGCAAGUGAAAGAUAUCGUAUAUGAAGAUGCCUUCAAUAGAUUUGUGGAUGAGAUUAAUUGUUUAGCUACUUAUCACUGGUGGGAAGGGUCUAUAUACAGUAUCCUUUGCAUCACUGCAUAUCCCCUUGCUUGGUCAUGGCUGCAAAGGUGUCGAAGAAAUAAAUUGCAAAAACUUCGAGAAUUUGUUCGAUCAGAGUAUGAUCAUGCUUGCUUGCGUUCUUGCCGUUCACGAGCCCUUUAUGAAGGACUGAAGGUAGCUGCAACAUCUGAUCUGAUGCUGGCAUAUCUCGACUUCUUUCUUGGUGGGGAUGAGAAAAGACCUGAUCUACCUCCUCGUCUUCAUCAAAGAUUUCCCAUGUCUAUAAGUUUUGGGGGAGAUGGAAGUUACAUGAGUCCUUUCUCUCUUCAUAGUGACAAUAUUCUUACUAGCAUCAUGAGUCAGUCCAUUCCACCAACUAUAUGGUAUCGAUUAGUGGCUGGUCUUAAUGCUCAACUACGCUUAGUUCGCCGCGGACAUCUAAAAAUAACUUUCGGCCCUGUUAUCAGCUGGCUUGAUGUAUAUGCAAACCCUAGAUUGGCAACAUAUGGUGUACGAGUUGAUCUUGCAUGGUUUCAGCCCACAGCUUCUGGAUACUGCCAAUUUGGACUUGUGGUAUAUGCUACUGAAAAUGAAAGCAUGUCAUCAUCGCGGGAAGUUUAUGAUGAUUCAGGCAUAACUGAAAAGCAGUCAUGUUUUCUUAUUGGUCCCAGAAAUCCGGUGCAUCACAUCACAAGCAAUGAACACCUGAUGAUGCCUAGAAGGAUGUCUGGGGGGAUAUUGCAUGCUAAGAGCCUAAGAACACUUAAAGAGAAGACAACUUUAUAUUAUCCUAUUGCUUUUAUUAUUUAUAAUACAAAACCUGUUGGUCAUCAGGAUCUAGUCGGUCUGGUUAUCUGUAUACUUCUCCUGGGAGAUUUUAUCUUAGUAUUGCUUACCUUGCUUCAGAUGUACUCACUGUCGCUGCUUUACUUCUUCUUAGUUUUAUUUGUCCUCCCUCUUGGUGUACUAUUUCCAUUUCCAUCUGGAAUCAGUGCUUUGUUUAGUCAAGGUCCUAGGAGAUCAGCUGUGCUUGCUCGUCUGUAUGCUUUGUGGAAUCUGACGUCUCUUGUCAAUGUCGUAAUUGCCUUCUUCUGUGGAUUUAUUCAUUAUACAGUUCAUUCACAUAACAAGCUUUCCAACUUUCAAUCCUGGAAUUUUAGUUUGGAUGAGAGUGAAUGGUGGAUGCUUCCUUCUGGUCUGGCCCUCUGCAAAAUUAUUCAAGCGCGUCUUGUUGAUUGUCAUGUGGCUAACCAGGAAAUACAAGAUCCCUCAUUGUAUAGCAAUGACUCUAACGUCUUCUGGAAUUCUUGAACGUUUUAACUUGUCUCUGCAUUUUUCUUUCCCUUCUGUAUAUUUGUUGAAGGGUAAGCAGUCAAUCACCUUGAGUGGUAUUGUGUAUAUUCUAUAAUAUUACGGAAAGUUCGUCAAAUGGGUAUAAAUAAGUGAAGUGGGUUGAUUACAUAUUUUUUGUUUGAUGAUCAGUUACUAUAGUUGUACUUCAGAGAUAAAGUAUUUUUGGGCUCUAGCCCUUUGUAUAGGU